GCAGCGUAGUUAUAUUACAAGAAUUAUUAUUCAGUUUUUUCUAUGGAAUGAGAACAAAUCGUUGAGAUUGAACUUGAAGCGAUGAAUAGUGAUAGUCUGAUCAGAAUAAAAAACUUUGAAACAAAACUUCAGAAUUGCUAUUAUCCCUGGCAAUGCAGUCAAACCCCAAGAAUCUUCCAGUUCAGUUGUUUGUUUUUAUAGCCCUUUCACUCGCGGUGGUGAUUUGGACAUUGGUUGUGUCGAGAAAUUGUUUGUACGAAAAUUACUCGGAAUAUUUUGCCAUGGGGGUUGAUUCAACGGAAUUUAAUUCCACGUUGCAAAGUGAAUACACACAGCAGUGGCCUAAAAAAGACGGAACAGCUAUCAACAUUACUGCAUUGCAAAAUAAACUCAAAGAAAGACUCAAACAAGCGACAGAUAAGAAGAUCAUCGUAAUAUGGACAACAGGUAUACCUCUAGGAGGUGGAGUAAAUCGCGAAGUAUGUGGAAAUUGCGAAAUAACUUUCAAUAGAACACUGAUAUCUGAUAAUAAAACAGCUGCAGUCGUUGUCUACUUUACUGGCACUACACCAGAAAAUAUGCCGCCGCUUAUGUCAAGGAAUCCCAACCAUUUAUAUGUAUACUGGACUCUGGAAUCGUCCGCCUCCGUUCGAUUCAAAUACCACAAAAAUCUGCACUACGAGGAUGAAUAUGGAUUUAACGCAACAAUGACUUAUAGAAGGGAUUCAGACUUUCCUGACAAACUGUAUUCAGCCAACGCUGUCAUGGCAAUCGUCAAAAGCACGAAUGUCCCGAAGCCAGAAAAAUUACUCAAAUUGAAAACGAAAAAAUCUCUUGCUGUAGUUUCAGAUUGUGCUCAGCAUUCAGUUGCAAAACAAAGAAUAAGGUUAAUAAAACAAAUCAUCGCAAAAGGUUACGAAUUGGAAGGAUACGGCGGGUGCUUCCCUAAACAGGGAAAAUUUGCGGAUGGAGCAAAACGAGAUUCACAAGAAUUUUUUCGCGCGAUCCGGUCUUACAAAUUUUAUUUUUCGUUUGAAAAUUCGUAUCACUGUAAAGACUAUAUUACUGAAAAGUUCUUCAAAAACGCAUUUCAUUCGUAUACUGUUCCAGUAGUAUGGGGAGCAACCAAAGAAGAUUAUCUAGCGUUUGCACCAGCUGGAUCUUUCAUCUAUGCAGAAGAUUUCGAGACAUCGAAUAAACUUAUUGAAUAUUUAAGAUAUCUAGAUCAAAACGACACUGCCUACUUGGAGUACUUCCAGUGGCACAAUAUGGAUCCAGAUAGGGUCCCUGGUUGCAAAAGCAUUGGUCGUAUUUGUCAACUAUGCAGAGCUUUGUACGGAAUUAACUUUGACGAUAUUUACAAUCCUAAUUUUGAUCCAGAAAAUCAUCCGCGCCCUUUAUUCGAUGACGACGUUUCUUAUCGACCUGCAGUUUCCGUUAGAGAUUGGUUUUAUUAUAAAGACAACAAAGAAUGUUUUGAUAAAUAUCAUUGACAUGACAUGAUAUAAAUAUGCGAAAUAAUAUUUACUAGUUGAAUGCAAUCUUCUGAAGAGCAGUACCCGGGAUGACAGUUAAUGGUCAAAAUCAAUUGCAACGGUUAAGUAUUUAAAAUCGAUUAACCAUUCUUUGCCUCAGUGAAUACACAUCGCAGUUACUUGA